UCAUGUCUAGAUAUUAAAAACAAAUUGAUAAUAAUAUCUAAUCUAUGUGUUUUACAAAAAAAUGUACAUGUGGCAUUUACAAGCACCACCACCGAUGUGGUUGCUCUUAGCACAUCAACCAAAUCACACACAAAACAUAUCUGAUCAAAGAAAUACAAGAAAAAAGAAACAUCCUUCUAGUUUUCAUCCUCGCGUUGUCGUCUGAAAGCAAUUUUGUAGGUGCCUCCGUUACAGCCAUUGCAAAACCACACUGCCAAACAAAAUGCGUGAACGUAACAGUUCCCUUCCCAUUUGGAAUAAGCAAAGUGUGUUCCUUAGACGAGUCAUUUGAGCUUACCUGCAACAUCACUUUUAAAGCCCCAAAGCUUUUUAUCUCGGAACAUCAGCAUAUACAGUAUCUCGGAUUCCAAGAUCAGCAUUUUCAAUUCUGUUAAUCGCUCUUGCUAGAACAAAUGUGUGAAUGAUACUAGUGGUAAUUCAGGUAUGGCAGUCGAUGAGGUGGGCCCUUUCACUUUUUCGUCUGAAAACAGGUUUACGUUGGAUGCAAUAACUAUGCUUGGAUCAGAGGACCACAUGGACCCAACUACGCUAGUGGCUGUAUGGGCAUAUGUACUAACGUAAGUAUAUAAUGUGCCUAACAAUGCUAAAUGCUCUGGAAUUGGGUGUUGUCAGACAUCAAUACGAAAGGGUCUCAAGGGUUUCAAUGCAAAUAUUGGCUCCUUUGAUAACCAUAUGAAUGUACGGUUGUUCAAUCCUUGCGGUUUUGCAUUUCUUGCUGAGGAAAACCAUUUAGGCUUUGGUGGUGCACGUCACGUGAUUUGUCUGGUGCUUCAAAGUUUAAAGCUUUCUUUAGAUUCAAAUGUCCACAUCCUGGUGGAUUGGGUAAUUGGAGGAGGCAAGCGGAAUUGCUCACAGGCUACAGAAUGCAAGGCAAAUAGAUUCUGCAUGGAUGAUGAAGAUCUUGAUGGAUAUCGUUGCAGCUGCAACAAAGGUUACCAGGGCAAUCCUUAUCUUCAUAAUGGCUGCCAAGCUUUGGUUAGGAUUAUUUUAACAUUAGCUGGGAUCAUUGGGAUAUUCUUUAGCAUCAAGAAGAGGAAACUUAUGAAGGAACAAGAGAAGUUUUUUGAGAAAAAACUGAAUUCACAAGAGGUUGAUUACACCGUGACUGUAUAUAUCACCAAACAGCUUCCAAAAGCAAUCGAUAACUAUUCAAAUGAGCGAACUGUUGGUCGAGGAGGUUUUGAGGUUGUUUAUAAAGGAGUACUGUCGGAUAAACGCGUUGUUGCAAUAAAGAAGUAUGUUUCAGUGGGUAAGACUAAAAAUGAACAAUUUAUCAAUGAGGUAUUAGUAAUAAUGAAAAUCAUCAAUGGAAAUGUCGUGAAACUGUUGGGCUAUUGUUUAGAAGAGGAGGUACCGGUAUUAGUGUAUGAGUUCAUUCCCAAUAACACACUUUUCCAUCACAUUCAUAAUGAAGAGGGUGGAACGAGUUGGUUAUCAUGGGAGAAUCGAUUGAGGGUUGCUGUAGAAGCUGCAUCUACACUUGCUUACCUUCAUUCUCAUGCCACCACCCCCAUCAUAAAUAGAGAUGUCAAGUCCGCAAAUAUAUUAUUAGAUGAUGACUUCAAUGCAAAAUUGUCCGAUUUUGGUAUUUCCAAGUUGUUUUCUAUAAAAGAAGAAAACGUCAACACUGUUGUUCAGGACACACUUGGGUACUUGGAUCCUGAGUGCCAACACACAAAUAAUACAAAUGAAAAGAGCCAUGUGUACAGCUUUGGGGUGGUCCUUGCAGAGCUCAUCACCGAUAAAAAUAAAAAAAAUAAUAAAAACUUCUUGUAGAGAGAGUCUACCAGGAGAAGUACUUGUCAAAGUAUUUUGUCAAGUGCAAAUGGUGGAACCAAGAUUAUUAAAUGAAGGGGGUAUUGACCUUCAACAUUUAAACACCGCAUGCAGCACAACUAGCGAACAAGUGCAUGUACAUAUGUGGUGUUAACAGGCCAACCAUAAGGACUGUUGAACUUGAGCUUAAAGCUUUAAGGAGGCCUAGUACGACACAUCCCACUGUUCUGCCUGAACAGGUAGCCCAUUAAGAAAUUUCUGGAACCAUGAUUCCAGAAAUUCAGCGAGCAGAUUGAUAAACUCCCAAUGAUCUUUGAGAAUUGAGAUUAAUCCAAUUCUUAUUUGUUUUUAGAGUCUAUCUUUAAUUAUGUAGUUUAUGUGUAGUGUUAGUGCUACUUCCAUGCUUUUGCUUUGUUAUGGGGAGUAGUACCCUUUUUGGUCGGGUCCGGUGAGCUGGCACCUUUGUUUGGUAUUUAAGUCGUUUUGUGUUUGGUUGUGAUGGUAUAUUGUUUUCUUGAGUCGAACCAACACAUAAAGAAUGGUUUAAUAUAGUUAAUAAAUCAUGUAAAUGAGGCUUUUCAAUUGA